CACAAAUCAGCCAAGAUGUGCACAGGUUUCCUCAAAGUCAUGAUGUUCAUCUUCAAUGGUGCCAUCUUUCUGUGUGGCAUAGCCGGUCUGGGAGUUGGUAUAUGGCAAAUUUUUUUCAGCAUUAUGCUAAUCAUCUUCUUCGUCGAGGUUGCAGGAGCCAUUGUGCUGUUUGUCUUCACUGAUGUUGUGGAUGAAUUGUUUGAGGAAUUGGAAGAUGAUGUGAAAACGGCCAUUCAAAGCAAAUAUGGGAAUCCAAAUGACAUGACCACACUGUGGGAUACAGCCAUGAAGGAGUUCAGGUGCUGUGGAUACAAGAACUACACUGACUUUGAUGGCUCGCCUUUUAACCAGCUGAAAGGUGAAUACCCUGGCCCAUGCUGCGGAACACCGGACGGAAAAUGUAGUUUGACGGAAGUGCAACAAGUGGACAUUCCAGGUUGCUUUACUAAACUGGUGACGGUGUUGGAGGAUAACUCUUUCAUCAUUGCUGGCGUAGCUUUCGGAAUAGCUGCUAUUGAGAUUGCAGCCAUGGUGGUUUCUAUGGUUCUUUACUGCAAUGCUGGCAAAAAGUCAUGAUUCCCACUUAGAAUGAUGAUAAGAUCCUAGUUGUUGGUUCUAAUAGAAAAGCGCUUCUUUGUAAAUAGUUUAUAAUAUAUUUAAAUUCACACAUGAACAGAUAAUGCUCUUCAUGUGUUAAUGACUGAUACUGCGUUGUAAAUUGAAACCUGUUUGUUUACUGUGUCUAAACUGUGAUUUAUUCAUAGUUUUAGAAGGUGCUUACCUCAGCUGAUGCUGUUUCUGCUCAUGUGUUCAACAGUGAGAUGUGAUGAAGCACAGAGGUGGCAUCUGUUGAGCUUGUGUUCAUUUUUAUGCAUUACUUCCAUU